AUGUCUUUCCGAGUCGUCAUUGUGGGUGGUAGUGUGGCUGGCCUAGCCUUGGCCAACAUGCUUGAAAAGUUCGAUAUCGACUUCGUCGUGUUGGAAGCUUAUCCCGAUAUCGCCCCUCAAGUUGGCGCCAGUAUUGGUCUGUUGCCCAACGGUCUCCGUAUCCUGGACCAGCUUGGCUGUUACGAUGCGUAUCGGGCAAAGGCGGAGGACCAGGUCUAUCAACACGCAUACUUGCGAGAUCCGUCCGGCAAGGCGUAUGGAUAUCAGCACGAUCUUAUGGCUAUGCUCGGGUACCCGAUGAUAUUCAUCGACAGGCAAAUGCUCAUCCAGGUGCUCUACUCGAACCUAAAUCAUAAGGAGAGGGUUCUUACCUCCAAGCGAGUCAUCUCUGUCGACAUCUUGGAAGCUUCUGCUGAGGUUACAACAAAGGAUGGCCAAGUCUUCAGCGGUGACAUUGUCGUCGGAGCGGAUGGCAUUCACAGUACGGUGAGAAAGGAAAUGUGGCGACACGCUCCCCCUGGCUAUUUCCCCCAUGACGAGUAUUCUAAGGUCCCGGCUUCAACUCUUUGCAUCUUUGGAAUUUCUAGCCGCCCUGAUGCCUAUCCUGGAGCCAGUCAGCACAAUACCCUAUCAGAAGGUCACAGCUAUUUUGUCAUGGCUGCUCCAGGAAAUAGAGUUUAUUGGUUCUUGUUUAUGGAAUUGAAGGAAACGCUUUAUGGGGAAAACAUCCCGAGGUUCACUAAAGACGAUGAAGCCGAAAUUGUGAAACAGCACUUUGACGAUUGCAUUAUUGACAACAUAACCUUCAAAGACUUAUAUGACAGGCGUAUUAUAACCACUUUGGCGCCGCUUCAGACGUAUGUGUUUGAGAAGUGGCACUACAAAAGACUUGUAACUAUCGGAGACUCCGCUCAUAAGGUCGAUCCCGUCACGGGCCAGGGCGGAAAUGGCGCCAUUGAGUCCGGGGCACUUCUAGUGAAUGCCCUUCUCCGAAAGCUAGACACGAAUUUGAAUUGUCUGAACGAGAAGCAGGUGGAAGACGUAUUCGCAGAGAUACAUGCCGGUAGAUUCAAACGGGCCCAAGAUGUCGUACAACAGGGCUACUGGCUCCAGAACGCCUUCACACAACGGUCAGCGAUGGGGAAGCUUAUUGCACGUUAUUUCAUGCCAGCCCUUGGGUCAUUUGGAGUUCUUUAUAGAGGCGUGGAGUUUUGCUCUCCAGCGACCAGCUUGCAUAGGCUUGAAACUCCUCGACGUCCUCGGGCUGUGCCAUUCGAAGACGAGCUGCCCGCAAAAGCAGUGAAAGAUCUACACCAGAUUAGCAAGCUAGCAUCCGUCGCUAUCACUGUGUGCUUAUGUGCUUUGGCCGCUGAUCUGGUGCGCUUACCCAAGCGCCUUGAUUUAGCUAUUGAAGCUUUAAGCUUGAUGGAUAUAUCAAGGGCAUCAAUUUUACCGGUCAUUACUUUUCUUGUCAAAAUAGCCUCCCUCCUGGCGAUGGCACUAGUUGAGUCCAACCGAAUCGGCAACAAGCUCACUUCAUGGGUCCUAGAUAAGAUCGCCGUAUUUACCACUGUCAACAACUUCCUUGGUCCAGGUGCCUUAGGCCCUCUAGCCGCACUUUUUGCCCACUGGUCAUGCGGCCUCAUCGUCGGAAGACACGUGCCAGUUGAAGCUGCAAGAAUGAUUCUACCGAUCGUCGCAGUCGGGUAUGUCCUUCCGGCUGCUAUCGCCAUGUCCAGGAUGGAUUCUACCUCAAUCAUGAUCUGGAAGAAUGCCCCCAUCAUCUGCUUCAUGCUCGCAAGAAGUCCUUUGGCGCUUGCAAGCCCUUCGGGAUCACACAUACCCGAUGACGAAAAGUCCAAGCUUCAGAUCGAAAGGGAAAGGACUCGCAACAUGUUUGCGAAAGCAGAUUUGCCAUAUAUUCGACUUGUCCACUACUCUGCUUUCCUAGUCUCCGCGGCCACUCAACUGAUCAACGUCUGUCAUCAUGGUAGCCUCGUAAACUUGACAUUAGCAAGAAACAAUGUAAGACUAGAGAUGCUGGGAUUUUCUAGGUACGAUGAUCUGGCUUUUACACUCUCUUCGCUGAUGCUCGCGCUCGGAGCUGCGCCGUUGAGCCUGCGCCUGCGUGGGUACAUCACGACAAGUCAGUCUUUUGCAUCUGCUCUUUUCAUCUGUUUGGGACUUCCGAUCGUUGGUCCAACGGCCACGAUAGCGGGUAUGGCCAUUUACCGAGAGUCCAUUCUUGCGGGAUUUGGACAGUAG